GCGAUGCCGAAGAGGAUUCGAGGAAAAAAGAACGUGAGGAUUAGGCAAAGCGAGACACGAAAGUGUGGCAAGUCACCAACCGCCGCGAGCCAGCGGAAGAUAAGAAAGUGAAGGCGGAGCUCUAUGGCGGCAGCGACGGCGGCGUACGCGGCGACAGCGGCCGCGCUGGGCGGAGCUCGCGUCCCCACGACGGCCUCCGCCGCCCCUCGGAACCCCUCUCUUCUCCUCCCGCCUCCCCCUCGCUGCUUCUCUUCACCCUUCCUCCCUCUCGCCUCAUCCUCUCGCUUCCCAGAUGCACACAGGUUUUCUUCACUCCAGGUUAAAGCCACUUCUUCCUCGGAGGAGACAUCUAGCUCUCCUGAUGAGCUCCUGGAUGAAUUAAAGCAAAAGUGGGAUGCUAUUGAGAACAAAUCCACUAUUUUCCUUUAUGGAGGAGGUGCAAUUGUUGCAGUUUGGCUGUCUUCCGUUGUUGUUGGUGCCAUCAAUUCUGUCCCUCUGCUUCCAAAGCUAAUGGAACUAGUGGGCCUUGGAUAUACUGGAUGGUUUGUAUAUCGCUACCUGCUUUUCAAGCAAAGCAGAAAAGAGUUAGCCAACGAUAUUGAAACUUUAAAGAAAAAGAUUGCAGGAACAGGUGAAUAACUGCAGUUAGGCUUGGGAUUUCUGAAGUACCUCUGGACCAUCUGUAUAAGAGACACUUUCGAUAAUAUAUUUAUAACUGUCGUAUGCUAUUUCUUGUAUUAAACUGUUUUUCAUCCUGUAAUGACAUCAACUAUUUCUGGUUAGCAAUUUUUCAUUGAAAUAUAUUGGUUUCUUAUAUAA